GGGCGCGGUGCAUGCCGGGAAGCCGCCGCCCAAGAUGGCGGCAGGAUUGAAAAGUUGUGGGUGUCGCUGAGGCGGGUCCGGCCGGGCCGAGGCCGGGGGCGGGAGUUGGUCCCCGGGAGGGCCAUGGCCGCCGCCGGGCAGUGACGGGCCGCGCUACUGGGGCCCCCGCCGCGCCGAGGCCGGGCGAGGAACGACCGCUGCGGGGAUGCCCCGGGGGGGGCCGGGGCCGCCGCCGCCGGAGACAUGGAGGAGGAGGGCAAGAAAGGCAAGAAGCCUGGAAUAGUGUCUCCUUUCAAACGAGUCUUCCUAAAGGGCGAAAAAGGUCGGGAUAAAAAAGCCCAGGAGAAGGUUACGGAGAGACGGCCUCUGCAUACGGUGGUGGUGUCCCUGCCUGACCGUGUCGAACCCGACGUGCUGCUGAAUGACUACAUCGAGAAAGAAGUGAAGUAUUUAGGUCAACUCACAUCCAUCCCAGGGUACCUGAAUCCCUCCAGCCGCACAGAGAUCCUGCAUUUGAUCGAUAAUGCAAAGAGAGCGCACCAGCUCCCGGGGCAGCUGACCCAAGAACACGAUGCUGUCAUCAGUCUCUCUGCCUACAACAUCAAGCUGGUGUGGAGGGAUGGAGAAGAUCUCAUCCUCAGGGUCCCCAUCCACGACAUCGCGUCCGUUUCCUACAUCCGAGAUGACUCCUCUCACUUGGUCGUGCUGAAAACAGCUCAGGACCCCGGGAUCUCCCCAAGCCAGAGUCUCUGCGCCGAGAGCUCCAAAGCCCUUACUUCAGGCUCGCUGUCUGAGAGCGGGGUUGUUCCCGUCGAAGCUUGCUGCUUGGUGAUCCUGGCUACGGAGAACAAAGUGACUGCCGAGGAGCUGUGCUCACUUCUCAGCCAAGUCUUCCAGAUUGUUUACACUGAGUCCACGAUAGACUUCUUGGACAGAGCAAUAUUUGAUGGGGCGUCCACACCGACGCGGCACAUGUCCUUACACAGUGAUGACUCUUCUACAAAAGUGGAUGUUAAGGAAUCUUACGAAACGGAAGCAAGCACUUUUUCCUUUCCAGAAGCCUUGGAUGCAGGUGACAACUCCCCCUCUUCCUUCUCCACGCAACAGUCUCCACACAUAAAGACAGUCAGCGAGAGCGAGCUGAGCACCACGGCGACAGAGCUGCUCCAGGACUAUAUGAUGACGCUCCGAACGAAACUCUCGUCCCAAGAGAUCCAGCAGUUCGCAAUGCUCCUGCACGAGUACCGCAACGGGGCUUCGAUCCACGAAUUCUGCAUCAACUUGAAGCAGCUCUACGGGGACAGCAGGAAGUUCCUGCUCUUGGGUCUUCGCCCCUUCAUCCCCGAGAAGGACAGCCAACACUUUGAGAACUUCCUCGAGACCAUCGGGGUGAAGGACGGCCGCGGCAUCAUCACAGACAGUUUCGGGAGGUACAGGCGGACUCUGAGCACCACCUCCAAUUCCACCACCAACGGCAACGGCGCCGCCGGCAGCUCGGACGACCAGUCCGUCCCUUCGGAGGAGGACGAGUGGGACCGAAUGAUCUCGCACAUCAGCAACGACAUCGAAGCCCUGGGGUGCAGCAUGGACCGCGAUUCCUCCUGAGGGCCAGCCGGGGGGGGAGGACGGCCCCGGCAGCUCCCCACGCCGGAGGGGCUCGCUCCAGCGCCCUCCCGGAGAGUCCCCGCAGCGGUGCCUCCACCCCGCUGUCCUUCUGGGAGAGGCUGUGGGGCACGAUCAGGAUGUCAUUACUCUCCCAUCCUCAUCAACGGCUCUGAGCGGCAGGCGGCUGGUGCCCUCUCGCUGGGCCGGGAGGGCCCCGGGGCAGGAGCCCGGCCUGCGACCGUCCCUGGUUUGGUUUUGCCAGCACACCCGAGGAGCGAGGCCAGGGAGACAAGUUGGCUACAACCCUCUGCCUGGUUUACAGUUUUGCACAUGGUAUCCUUAUUGUAACUGCUCUCUUCCUCCUCCUCCUCUUCCUCUCCCUGUUUUUUGAAUGAAGUUUACCACAAUGUGAAUUAUUUAAACCUAUUGUUGAUGGUGUCAAAACAUUUUGGCUCCAGACCCACGGGAGCUGCCGCCGACGCUGCUGUGCUGCUGCAGCUCGGCCUGCAAACCCCGUCCCCCCGCUCCAGCUUUGCUCAGGAAUAGCGGGGGGCCCGAGGGAGCUGGGGGCGGGGGGCACAGCCCAUGUUUUACCCACCAGCGGGCUCACGGGUGCCCCAACACCCCAGGCAGGGCAUCGCCUUCCCACCCGCUGGGAGCAAGGACCGGCCCCAUGCGUCCCACCCCAGAGUCGGGGGGACCCCACUGUCCUCCCCGCCAUCCAUCCUGGGGUUCGUGUUGCUGGUGGUGGUGGGUCACCAGGCACCUUCCAGGGCCCCCCAGAGCCCCCACAGGGAAGGGAAAGCCGCUCUAGGGCGUUCAGGGCAGGGCAGCAGGGCACAAUGUACAUGUUGUAUAUUUUACACACGGUUAUAAAUACACACUUAUUUUUUUAAGCUGCAUCCCCUGCCCAGGGAGCACUCCUGUGGGACGCACCUGGGAAGGGUCGGGGUGGGGGUCCCCGGUUAUCCCUAGAGCCACAACCUGGGCGGGGGGCUGGGACAGCUCUCUGGCACCCAUGGGUGGCUCUGGCAGGGUCUGUGGCGCCGGUGCUGGCUGCGGUGGUGCCGGGGGUGGCCCCUGUGACGGGUGCUUUGAGGCCAGACACUGGCUCAGCAGUUUUGGGGGGAUCCAGCCGCCUCCUGCACAUUCCGCUGCCGUUUGUCCUGCCGGUUUGGGUGACAUCGUCCCGCUUUUUGUCCCCAAAGCCCCCCCCCAGCGCCUUUAACCCUUGCUCGCCCCUCACAACCCCCUUCCUCCCCCAGCAGCUCCCCCGUUAACCAUCACCCUUACUGGUGUCCCCCUGCCGCCCUCCUGCCUGUCCAGCCCAGGCAGAGAGCAGCCUUCAGCCCUCCAUCCUCUCCCUCCCCAGCCCCGCUGCUCCAGCCAUUCCUUACCUGCCCUUCCCGGGAUCGCAGGCACCGGCCCUCGGUACAGGCCCUGCUUUAGGCUGGGGUCGGGUGACCCCCGCUGCUCCCAGGGGGUCCCCACGGUCCUAAUCCCACCUUCCCCCGGCCUUUAUGGGGUGAUGGCGGCUGAGACACGCCGGUGCUUGGCCGUGCGGCUCCAGGGGAGGCAGGGACGGGCCUGCCUCGGGUACAGCCCCCAGCAGCCCCCAGCAGCCCUUUCCUUCCCGUUUCGAGGCUGAUAAACCCAAAGGGGGGGGGGGGGGCAGAAAUGGUCCCCCAUCCCCUGGAGGAAAGGGUUUGGCCAGGACACACCCAUCCCAGGGAGCCUCUUCCCUAGGAACAAGCCUUGAUGGAGAAGCUCGAGGCUUCCUCCUCCUGUUGCAUGUUUUCGCCAUCUGCCGAGGGAAGGGGAGACGGGGGGGUCCCGGCUCCAUCCCCCAGCAGCAGCUCCAGGGUCCUCAGGAGUCGGGGAGCCAAGAUUUCCCUCCUCCUUCAGCCCAGGAGGCAGCGGCACAGCCCGGGCAUAGUUUCUUAGUGCCUUUUUGUCAUUUACAGAUGAAAAAAAACAGAUCGCACAUGUGGACGUUCAAGUCAUUGAAGACUUAAAACUUUGGGGGGGGGGAAGCCUAUUUUUGACACGAUUGUAUACAGAGAGCUAUAAAACAGGAGCCAUAACAGCUCACAGUGGGGUUUUUUUUUUAUACUUCAGUGGGAAACGGGACUUAAUUCUGGAAAUAACCCUGCCUUGUAGCAUUCUGGGAGCGAGCUGGGGGGGUUCUGCCGCCUCCAUUUCCCCGUCGCCAGCCCUGGAGCCACCCCGGCCCCGGCGGCGCGGGGGGACGCGGCCCGGGGAGGCGGCAGGGGUCCCACGGGGGAUGUGUAUGUAUGCUUUCUGUACGGAGUAUUUGUUACAGGUAAAUAUAAUUCUGCACCCGA